UGCUGCUGCUGCUGCUGCUGCUGCUGCUGCUGCUGCUGCUGCUGCUGCUGCUGCUGCUGGAAGUUUUAUGGGAAUCAUGACAAGCGGGGCAGAGACUAGAGACCAUCAUGAAGAGUAAUAUACAGAUCAGCUCUCAAAAUGUCUUCUGUGUCUUCCGUGCAUCUUCUAAGACAAUUGCAUUAGCCUCCUGCUAGUUGACUAAUAGAAUUAAUAAUUGUAAAAAGCACUCUAAAGCCACAUGCCUUAUGAAGUCAAUGCUGGGUAUGAUUUUACAAAUAUGGUCCGGAAAAAGAACCCCCCUCUGAGAAACGUUGCUAGUGAAGGCGAGGCACAGACCCUCGAAUCUAUAGGUACGGAGAGCAAGGUAUCUGGAAGGAAUAAAGACUUUUCUGCAGAUCAGAUGCCAGAAAACACUGACCAGAGUGACAGUGCAGAAGUGAACAACAAGGAGGGUCAUUGCCUGCAUGUCCAAGAUUCAUCUUCCAGCAUUAAGAAAGACUUAAAAAGCUCAGUCCUGAAUGAGAAGGCUGGCUUCAAUUAUGAAAGCCACAGUAAGGGAGGAAACAUUUCAUCCUUCUCUCAUGAUGAGGUGACAGACAGAAAUAUGUUGGCUUUCUCAUCUCCAGCUGCUGGGGGAAUCUGUGAGCCCUUCAAGUCUCCUCUAAGAUCAGAUACAGAUGACACCCAAGAUAUAGCCUGCACCCCAUCAGGGGACCCCCUGGAGACAAAUGAAGAACAAAAGAUGUCACCCAAGGCUCCAGAGGAGACAGGGCAAGCUCAGAGUGGUCAAACUGAUUGUCCAGGCUCCAGCCCAAUUUCAGCGGCCUCAAAAAACCCACAAGUGCCUUCAGAUGGGGGUGUGAGACUGAACAAAUCCAAAACUGACUCACUGGUCAAUGACAAUUCAGACGCGGCACCUCUGUCUCCAGAGCUUCAGGACUUCAAAUGCAACAUCUGUGGAUAUGGCUAUUAUGGCAAUGACCCCACAGAUCUCAUUAAGCACUUCCGCAAGUAUCACCUAGGAUUGCACAACCGCACCAGGCAGGAUGCUGAGCUUGACACCAAAAUCUUGGCCCUCCACAACAUGGUGCAGUUCAGCCACUCCAAAGACUUCCAGAAAGUCAACCGCACUGUGCUUUCCGGUGUGCUCCAGGACAUCAAUUCCUCCAGGCCUCUUUUACUUAAUGGGACCUACGAUGUGCAGGUCACUUCAGGUGGAACUUUCAUUGGCAUCGGACGCAAAACUCCUGAUUGCCAAGGAAACACGAAGUACUUCCGCUGUAAAUUCUGCAACUUCACAUACAUGGGCAACUCAUCAACGGAACUAGAACAACACUUUCUACAGACUCACCCAAAUAAAAUAAAAGCUUCCGAGUCUGGGAAAUCUUCGGAGAAAAACUCUAAGUCCAGCCCCACUCUUCGAUCUUGUGAUUCUGGAGACUUGGGAAAGUGGCAAGACAAAAUUACCGUGAAAGCAGGAGAUGACACUCCUGUGGGUUACUCAGUGCCCAUCAAACCCAUUGAUUCCUCUAGACAAAAUGGUACAGAUGCCACCAGCUACUACUGGUGUAAAUUUUGUAGUUUCAGCUGCGAAUCAUCCAGCUCCCUCAAACUGUUGGAACAUUAUAGUAAACAGCAUGGGGGAGGGCAGUCAGGAGGCCUUAAUCCAGACUUGAAUGAUAAGCUUUCAAGAGGCACUGUCAUUAACCAGAAUGAUCUAGCCAAAAAUACAGAGGGUGAGCCAGUAGCUAAGGCAGAAAAGGGCUCCAGUGCAGCUAAAAAGAAAGACUUCUCUAGCAAAGGAGCCGAGGAUAAUGUAGUGACAAGCUACAAUUGUCAGUUUUGUGACUUCAGGUACUCCAAGAGCCAUGGCCCUGAUGUAAUUGUGGUGGGGCCACUCCUUCGUCAUUAUCAACAACUACACAAUAUUCACAAAUGUACCAUUAAGCACUGUCCAUUCUGUCCCAGAGGCCUUUGCAGCCCUGAAAAGCACCUUGGAGAAAUUACUUAUCCGUUUGCUUGUAGAAAGAGUAAUUGUUCCCACUGUGCGCUCUUACUCUUGCACCUGUCUCCUGGGGCUACAGGAAGCUCCAGAGUUAAACAUCAGUGCCAUCAAUGCUCAUUCUCCACGCCCGAUGUUGAUGUUCUCCUGUUUCAUUAUGAGAAUGUGCACGAAUCCCAGGCGUCUGAUGUCAAACAAGAAGCAAAUCACCUGCAAGGGACAGAUGGGCAUCUGACUGUCAAAGAAAACAAAGAACACUCAUGUACCAAAUGUGACUUUAUUACCCAGGUGGAAGAAGAGAUUUUCCGACACUACAGGAGAGCACAUAACUGCUAUAAAUGCCGUCAGUGCCGCUUCACAGCUGCUGAUACCCAGUCACUACUCGAGCACUUCAACACUGUGCAUUGCCAGGAAUUGGAUAUCACUACGGCCAAUGGAGAAGAUGAUAGCCAUGGUGUGUCUGCUAUCAAGGAGGAACCCAAAAUUGACCUCAAGGUCUAUAGUCUAAUCAAUCCAGAUUCAAAAAUGGGAGAGCCAGUCUCUGAUGCCAUAGUGAAGAGGGAGAAACUGGAAGACAAGGAAGGGCUUAAGGAGAAAGGUUGGACCGAUGGUUCCAGUGAUGAUCUUAGAAAUGUGACCUGGAGAGGAGCAGAAAUUUUAAGGGGCAGCCCAUCUUAUACUCAAGCAAGCUUAGGUCUUUUGACCCCUGUGUCUGGUACUCAAGAGCAGCCGAAGACUUUAAGGGAUAGCCCUAAUGUAGAAGCUGCCCAUCUGGCACGACCUAUUUAUAGCUUGUCGGUUGAGAACAAGGGAUUCCUGCAAGGAGUGCCCACUGGAGGAGAGAAGUCUGGAUCCCUUACACAGCAGUAUCCUGCAUCAGGCGAAAACAAGUCUAAGGAUGAGUCGCAGUCCCUGUUACGGAGACGUAGAGGCUCGGGUGUUUUCUGUGCCAAUUGCUUGACCACAAAGACCUCUCUCUGGCGAAAGAAUGCCAAUGGCGGCUACGUUUGCAAUGCGUGUGGCCUCUACCAGAAACUCCACUCGACUCCCAGGCCUUUAAACAUCAUCAAACAGAACAACGGUGAACAGAUCAUUAGGAGACGGACGAGAAAGCGCCUUAACCCAGAGGCACUUCAGGCUGAGCAGCUAAACAAACAGCAGAGGGGUAGCGGUGAGGAGCAAGUCAAUGGAAGCCCGUUAGAAAGGAGGUCAGAGGAUCAUUUAACUGAAGGUCACCAGAGAGAAAUUCAGCUCCCCAGCCUGAGUAAAUAUGAGGCCCAGGGUUCAUUGACUAAAAGCCAUUCUGCUCAGCAGCCAAUAUUGGUCAGCCAAACUCUGGAUAUUCACAAAAGGAUGCAACCUUUGCACAUUCAGAUAAAAAGUCCUCAGGAAAGUACUGGAGACCCAGGAAACAGUUCAUCAGUAUCAGAAGGGAAAGGAAGUUCUGAGAGAGGCAGUCCAAUAGAAAAAUACAUGAGACCUGCGAAACACCCAAAUUAUUCACCACCAGGAAGCCCCAUUGAAAAGUACCAGUACCCACUUUUUGGACUUCCAUUUGUACACAAUGACUUCCAGAGUGAAGCAGAUUGGCUGCGAUUCUGGAGUAAAUAUAAGCUGUCAGUUCCUGGGAAUCCGCACUACUUGAGUCAUGUGCCUGGCCUACCAAACCCUUGCCAAAACUAUGUGCCUUAUCCCACCUUUAAUCUGCCUCCUCAUUUUUCAGCUGUUGGAUCAGACAAUGACAUUCCUCUAGAUUUGGCGAUCAAGCAUUCCAGACCUGGGCCAACUACAAAUGGUGCCUCCAAGGAAAAAACUAAGGCUCCAUCAAAUGUAAAAAAUGAAGGUCCCUUGAAUGUAGUAAAAACAGAGAAAGUUGAUAGAAGUACUCAAGAUGAACUUUCAACUAAAUGUGUGCACUGUGGCAUUGUCUUUCUGGAUGAAGUGAUGUAUGCUUUGCAUAUGAGUUGCCAUGGUGACAGUGGACCUUUCCAGUGCAGCAUAUGCCAGCAUCUUUGCACGGACAAGUAUGACUUCACCACUCACAUCCAGAGGGGCCUACAUAGGAACAAUGCACAAGCCGAAAAAAAUGGAAAACCUAAAGAGUAAAACCUUAGCACUUAGCACAAUUAAAUAGAAAUAGGUUUUCUUGAUGGGAAUUCAAUAGCUUGUAAUGUCUUAUGAAGACCUAUAAAAACACUUCAUAGAGCCUACCUUAUCCAGUAUAAAAUCCUUCAUUAUUUACCUUUUUUUCCCCCUUCUUUUCUUUUGAUGUGUGGGUUACCAAGAUUCAAAAGUGAAAUGAAUAGUGGUCAGUGGGAAAGGAAGAUGGUAGCAAUUAACAUUUGGAACCUAAUAAAUCAAAACUAUCUUGGGUAAAGAGUACCAUGACAUAUAUCCCUGAGAAAUACCUCUAGACCUCAGUUAUUCUGGAUGCUCAGAAUGAACAAGAUAUAUCUAUAUACAUGUAUGUAAUGUAUGUGAAUACAUACAUACAUAUAUAUGUGUAUAUAUAUAAUGGUGAUAUAAUAAGGGACCGACCUAAUUACUUUUUGAGAAACUCAGAAAUAGUGGCCUAAUUUUGUGUGUGUGAUAACAUGGGAUCCUGCGCAUAAAAGAGGGAUGAAAGAGAUACUGAGAGCUCUUCUUUUCCUCAGGGCAGCUAAAAGAAUGGCAAAAGUUGAAUAGUGGACAAGACCCCUAACCACCCUUGUUGAUAGAAUUACUUAUUUGAAAAUAGAAGUGCAAGUUGGGGUUAGGAUUGUGUGAGGAGAAACAGCAAGGAAAAAUAGAGAUGGUAGCAAAACGUCUUCAGGUAGUCCUACCUAUAAUAUUUAUGUCCAUUAGCUGUGUCCACAUGCUCAACUGUCAUUUAAUUUGCAAUUUGGGCUAAGUUGGGCUCAGGUGUAUGCAUUGUUAUAAACACUGUCCUUACAGCUUAUGUAGUGAUGUCACCUUGGCCUUUCUUUUCUCUGGCAAAGAACCAGUUCUUUCUUCAGACACUACUUGGUCACUAACCUCACCUGGCACAAUAUAAUGAAAGGAAUCCCUUCAGUUCAAACAGCUAGAUGAAUAAUAAGAUCAGAUCAUGGGCCUGAUUUAUAGAGAAUAUUAUCUCCACAGGGUAACCUGCUGUAUUUAUUUAUUUUUUCUGGUUAAAUAUACUUUCAAAACUUUGUGGUCAGGCAGAGUCUAAGGUUACUUUUACCACAGACUGACAGUUGGUAUAUGUACUGGUCAAUCCCUUCAGUAGACUUCUUCCAGGUUUAGCUAAAUAGCAUUAAAUAGAAUUCUUAGAAAUAUGUCCUCAUAGUACUUUUAAUACUUAAGGCUUUGUAAAACUAUCCAUGAAGGGAAAGCUCCUCAGCAUAACUGCUCAGGGAAAUAGGGCUCAAUAACUGAACAUUAAAUAAUUGGUUAAAGGUGCUGUUAGACGAUCCUCAAUGCUUGCUACAAGGAUGUACAAGGACUGACUUUAAUAAUUUGCAUUAUAUUGUCCCAACCAGUAGUUUAUUAUUAUUGUUAUUAUUAUUAUUUUGCCACGGAGAUGUAGAAGAUAUUACAAGCUACUGGAUGCACUGUCAGAUUAACUUAUUUCAUUAAAGAAGUUGGGAGAACAAAUAGAAAAAAAACUUAUUUUUCUAGUAAAUAUUAAUGUAUUACAUUUCAAAUAAUGGUGCCUGACAUAUUGAAUAAUUAUUUUCUACAGUGUACGUAUGCAACAAAGAUAUUCCAUCAUGCAUUAGAGUCAGUUCUGGCUCUGCCUCGCUGUUUACAUUUGCAAAUGUAGCAAACAAGGUAAUGAAGCAACUCUUUCUAUUGCAGUAGAUAUCUUCUUUUUGUGUGUGUGUGUGCAUUAAAGUUGUAAACGGUAACAUGAAAUGAAUGAAAUUUCUUGAUAUAAUGGUAUGGAAAAUAAGAAGGAAAUGAAAAUAUUUUUAUGCCUACUUAGGAAAAAAAGGGUAGCACUAUUCAUUCCAAGUACAUUUUUUAAAAAUUCUUAAGCUCUUAACUCACAUUGUUAUGCUUAAAAUGAUAAACAUAUAUUCUCUUUUUAUUGCUUUGUUUCAAACGAAACAUUUCAGAAAUUAUUUUAAUAAGUGCCAUUGGACUACUUGGCACCCAUGUUUUUAUUGCAUUCUGUAGUAGCAUCGCGUUCCAUUUUUACAAUAUUAUGCAGUUGCUUUUUUCAUUUCCUUUGGGUUCCUUUCUUUUUCCACAGUGCAGGGUCUUAAUCUCUUCAAGUUGGAUGGCCAAGAUUGCUCAACUGGUUCAUGAAUGUUGUAGUGAAUGGAUUUAAAAUGUCUUUCCAAUAUUAUGUUGUCAUUUCCAUCUUUGCAUUUUUUUAAAUGUUCAAAAAAAAAAAAUCAGGACAAAGUCCUCUGCUUGAGUUUCAUUGUGAAGGGUCCUAUUCUGAUCUCACUUACAUCUCGCGUAGCUCUAAUAUUCUCAUAACAGAAAGGAAGAAGUGGCAUAAUUAGCACUUGCAUUCAAAUGAUAGUAUAUAACUUUCUUUCUGAUAGAAUGUUGAUACCCAUAUCUCAAAACUAGACUGACAAAAAUUUGUUCAAAGUUUUCUAAGGAAAAAAAAUAUAUUUUUUAAAAGCUGUGCAUAAUUUUAAGCAGCCUACAAGCAACAGUGUGUGUGAGCAGCUCUCACCCAGUUCAAUGCCAGAGGUUUUCACUCACUGGGGCAGUAUUAUAAUAUUUUCACUUGGAUGAAACUGUUCCUGAAAUAAUUUCUUUGCCUUGUUAGACACAAAGUAGGCUGCUCAAUAAAAGUAUGCAUGCCUUCCUUGCCAUCCCUUUUCCCUCCCUCACAACAGAAAUAGUAGCUAUGAUCAGCACAUGGAAUAUCUUCUUUAAAAAAAAAAAACACGCAAAAAAAAAAAAACCACAAAAAAAAAAACCCAACCCUAUUCUUGGGCAUAUUUAUCUUCAGUCUGCUUUCUGUAUAUUUCUUAGUUAGCAUUGCUUUGAUGAAUCUUGUUCCACACACCUCAUUCAUUCUUAUUUUUGUUGUUGUUGCUUUUAGGGGAUGAGUGGGAUAUUGAAAAGAAUUUUUUUUUUCAUUUUUAAAAAAAAUUCUGCAUAUAAGGUGACACUAAAAGUGACCCCCUCUCUUUUUCCUUUCACUUGUCAAAAUUUAGACUGCCUCUUUGUCCCAUCUUUUAAGAAACAAUAAGAUAAACAGUGGUGGGGUUUUUGUUUCUUUGUUUGUUUUUAGCUUUCAGAAUAAACUCACCCUUAGUACUAUCCUAAAUGGUAUGUUUUGAAACAGGACUUUCUUCUCAGUAUCCCAAGGUGCUCUUUGAGAGAUUUUGCCCCCAUUGGCAAAGGACAUUCCUAUGCAGAGUACCUUUUGUUAUUGUGUCCUGAACAUUCAAUAACUGUGCAUAUCCUGAAUGAUGAUUCUUGUCAAACCUGAUAUGGACCAGUUCUGUCCCUCCCUCUCCCUUUGUCCUUUUUAUCUUCCUUUCUCAUACAUAAACCCACACUUUGACUGUUGCUUGGGAUGGAAAAAUAGUUUACAGCCAGCACACCUCUGAAGAUUGAGUUUUGAGAGAUACGCGCCUGUAAGUGUCCAAGAAAAGGAUAGCACUCUACAUGUUAACAUGAUCACUAUGUAAUAAAAUGAGGGAAAUAUAGUGUGCCCAGUCUUCUCUACAUGACAUAUUGAGAUGUUCUAAAAAUUCUACUCUUAAGAUAGUGAUGUUUUGUUCUCAACUGUUCUCUUUUAGUGAAGAUAGAUUUUAGAAAACAAGCAUGGGGAUUCUUUUCUAAGGUAAUAUUAAUGAAAAGGAAAAAAAAAUAUUACUCUUAACAGCUCUUUGUUGAAGCCUGUGGUAGCACAUUAUGUUAAUGAUUGCACAUCUGCACAUAAUCUAUUAUGAUCCAAUGCAAUUACAGCUCCAAAAAUAUUAAGUAUGUAUAUAUUUUAAAUGCCUGAGGAAAAUACAUUUUUCUUAGUUAAUUGAAGAUUAUCAAUACUGCUAUAAAAUAAAGGAAUUAUUAGCCUCUUGCUGUGUGGCUGCAAAGUAUCACAAGGUAACCUGUCUUGAGACCUCUGACCUGCUUGCCUGCUAAGUCAGUGAACAUUAAAUUAUUUCUGGGAGGUGAGAUGUUUGCCACCUUUGGGGACCAUGAAAGUUGGAAUACCAAAGCAGGGCUGCUGGUCAUUUGUAUCUUAUAACCCAGCCUUUGGCCUAAAGAUUUAAUAUAGUGAUUUCUACUCAUCAUUGAGGCGAAGUCCCCAUUGAAAACUAAAGAUGUCUUUGGUCAGCAAGGUGGGCAAAAUCUUGCUGACUGCCAUGGAUCAGAUGAGAACACUAACUAAAAUUCAACCUGAACAUUGUCCUAAUAUGUUAAUAAAAGGUAGGUACAAUUAUGCAACUGUACAUGAGGAAAGGUUGAGAAAACACAGUAUGAGUCCUUUGGAAGUCCAGUGUUAUUUUUUCCCAAUGAACACUUUUACCAGAGUAGAAGAUAUGAUUGCUUCUUCCAAAAGGAACUUACUUUUGGUUUUCCAUUGCUAAGUCAUGGAUGCUUGAUACAUGUGAUCCUGAUACCACAGUAUUAAGAAAACAUCCAGGAAAAGUUGCAUGCAUAUUCAUAGUAAUAAAGACUUCUGGCAACUGCUAGGCCAGAAUUCUGUCCAGUUGAUGAUAGAGGAAAUGGGAAAUUCAACACCAGCCCAUAUAUGAAGACUGGAUUAUAUAUACUCAUGGGUUGUACUCUUGAAAAGAAAGGUAGAAUUGCCUAUUCCAUGUUAUGUCCUACUCCCAGAGAAAAGAGAAAAUAAUUUUAUUAUGGAAUUUUUUUUAACAUUCUUUGGAAAAAAUGUUCUUCAAUCAUCCAAAACUCCAGAUCCUGACUUUACUUCUCCCCCAUCCCUGUCACUCCACCCUCAUCAUAUGACCUACAGCAAGUCACUUGCAACCUCUUUGUGCCUCAGGUUCCUCCACUGUACAAUGGUAAAAAUAAAUAAAUAAAAUACAUUAUUAAUAAUAGUAAUAAUGUAGUACUUAUUUGGAAAGCACUUUGAGGUCCUUGGCUGCAAGACACAGCACAAGUGCCAAGUAGUAUUAUGUAGCUAAGGAGCUUGUUUAAACCCUUAGCUCCCAAGGACCAGAAAAGGUUAGGAUUGUUGUUUUAUUUUUGUCUUUUUUUUGUUUGUUUUGUUUUUUGGGUUUUUUGUUUUGUUUUUGUUUUUUGUAGAUGAGCUGUAAAUAUUCUCACUAUACAGUCUAUAGUGAAGACUAUGAAAAGGCAAAACUAUUACAAGGCUGAUAAAAAUCAUAGUUUUAAUGGCUACCAACAAGGCAACUAACACUGAUAGUAAUACUAUGCCAAAUUGCUUAAAAUGGACUGUUUUGACAACAAUAGAUGAU